AUGUGGUGGCCUUUGGAGAAUAUGCUCAUGGUCUUCAUGGUGGUGGUCUGGUGGCCUUUUGUGGUGGUGGCUUCGUGGCUCUCUUCAUGCUCUUGGUGGCUGGCUUGCUCUUGGUGUUUGGUGGCUCUCUUCAUGCUUGUGGUGGUGGUUGGUGGCUCUCAACAUGCUUUUGGUGGUUGGUGGCCCUCUUCAUGCUCUUGGUGGCCUGCUGAUGUGAUGUUGGAAUAUGGUCGGGGUGUGGUUUUUUAUUAA